CGCAUGUCGCCUCGCCGGCUGCGGCGCUGGCGGCGCUGGCGGUUCGCUCUCUCGCCGCGCAGAGUGCGCUGCGAGCAGUCGGGGAACAUGACGUCACACUCGGAGUCACCCAGCCCCAGCACGGCGGCGCGCAGGUUGUCCAACAUGGCGGCCGCGGUCGCCUGGGAGCGCGCCAUCUUGCCGCCCAGCCAGCUCAUGCCGAACCUGGAAGGACAGGUCGAAGCAAGAGCCCGGGUCGGCCAGCAGGGGCUGCCGCUGGGGGUGUCGGCGGGGCCGCGGGGGCGGACUGCCCAGGCGCUUGUCGAGGCGAGGGGCCAGCACUUCCCCCAGGAUCUGCCCCGCCACGUAGCCGCGGCACAGCUUCUGCCACGCGGACGGCGCAGUGAAUCACGUAAGAACUAGAACAAGCCGCAGCGUGUGGACGCACCUGUGGAAGCUCAUCGUCUCGAGGGCCUCGUCGAAGUCCCCGGCGCUGCUGUUCGCCGCGGGGACCUCCAGGUGGACCAGGUCUGGGCCCAGCAGCAGGU